UGUGUGCUCCACCCAACGGCCAGAGCUCAAGCACAAAACAACUUUGCGAGCGGAGCGCGAGUCAUGGCGUCAAAGAGGAUCUCCUGAAGAACAAACUCUGGACAAACUCUCACCAAAAGCGUGUAACAAGCUACCGACGACCGUCUGGAUCUCAUAUAAAUGACAAAAAGUCCACUUCACGAAGGAAUUAUGCUUACCGAGUGUCGACUUUAAAGCUAGCAGAGCGCAGCUAGCUCAAGAGUUUGCCGUCGCGAGGAGUUUCACGAACUGUGUGAAUAGAGUGUAAAUAUAGUAGUAUAUAUAAUUUAAUACAAAGUAGUGUGAGGAAAAGAACUCUUUAAGUAUCUCUCCGAGAGUUUAUUCGCUGUGUAGUUUGUCUGUGGACGGGUGGAUAUGGCUCAGUCGCCGGUUGCUGUUCAAGUUCCUGGAAUGCAGAACACCCGAACAGACCCUGAGGAGUUGUUCACUAAACUUGAACGCAUCGGGAAGGGCUCGUUCGGUGAGGUGUUCAAAGGUAUCGACCGCCGCUCUCAGAACGUAGUGGCCAUCAAGACCAUCGAUCUUGAGGAAGCAGAAGAUGAAAUCGAAGACAUCCAACAGGAGAUCACCGUACUCAGCCAGUGUGAUAGUCCGCAUGUCACCAGAUACUAUGGCUCUUACCUGAAGGGUAGUAAACUAUGGAUCAUAAUGGAAUAUCUGGGAGGAGGUUCGGCUCUGGACCUGCUGAGAGCCGGACCCUUUGACGAAUACCAGAUAGCCACCAUGCUGAAGGAGAUUUUGAAGGGUUUGGACUACCUGCACUCUGAGAAGAAAAUCCACAGGGACAUAAAAGCUGCCAACGUGUUGUUGUCUGAGUCUGGUGAGGUGAAGCUGGCAGACUUUGGUGUGGCAGGACAGCUGACAGACACGCAGAUCAAAAGGGAGACGUUUGUAGGUACACCUUUCUGGAUGGCGCCGGAGGUCAUCCAACAGUCUGCUUAUGACUCAAAGGCUGAUAUUUGGUCUCUCGGGAUCACUGCCAUUGAGCUGGCCAAGGGCGAGCCGCCGAACUCCGACAUGCACCCCAUGAGAGUGCUCUUCCACAUCCCGAAGAACACACCACCCACCCUCAACGGAGACUUCUCCAAGACUUUCAAAGAGUUUGUGGACUCCUGUCUCAACAAAGAUCCUGCAUUUAGGCCAACAGCAAAGGAACUCCUGAAGCACAAAUUCAUCCUUAAACAUGCCAAGAAGACAUCCUACCUCACCGAGCUCAUUGACCGACUGAAGCGCUGGAAAGCCGAGGGUCACAGCGAUGGAGAAUCGAGUUCUGACUCUGACUCGGAGCCCAGUGGUAAGGAAAGCGAGUCGUCUCCUGAGUGGUCUUUCACCACUGUCCGCAAGAAGAAGCCGGAAAAGAAGCAGCCCAAUGGAAUGGAUGAAGAACUGCAGAAGAAGUCUGCCAGUUUAACCACCGUCAUGGCUCCGGUUUUUUCAGAGCUGAAAUUGCAGCACAGAGAUGACAUGACGAGAGGAGUUCUGGAGCAGCUGGAGAAGAGCCUGCAUGUGGCAGAGGACAUUUGUCCUGGUGUCACAGACAGGAUGAUCACCCACAUCCUGGAGAGGGUGCAGAGGUCAGACACACACGAUACAUGUUCUCUAUGAGUUAGUGCUGCAUUGGGUCGCCGGGAACACGCCACCCGUCUGCUGUCAGCCCUGAUGACUGCACCUUAACACACUCACACAUGUACAGAGACAGGAGGGACGCGGGGUCGCGUGCACACACUAUCUUAUCAUAACCAAAAGGAAUUCUUCUCUCUUUUUUUUUUUUUUUGUCCCAAAGAAUGGAAAUAUAUAUAUAAAUAUAGUGUGUGUUCAACUGUAUUUAUACAAUUUUGCCACAUGCUUUUAUAUUAGUCUUCUGCUGGUGCCCAAGGAUGUGUGUUACUGUUAUUUUAUUCCACAUUUUACUUCUAAAGACACAAAAAAAUCCUUACCGGUUAAGUAGAUCAUUAAGUAAAUCUUUUGGUUGGCAUAUAUUUAUAUGUAUUUGAUGUCCCAAUCCAUUACUUUAUUUUAAACUAUGAUCAAUAAUAUAUAUAUAUAUCCGUUUGGGAGAUUAACAGUGUCUUUUUGUUCGUCUUGGUUUGGGAUUUCUUUAUUUCUCUUGACACACUGUUAACUGUAGCAUUACAGAACUGCUGUAUGGGAUUACAUGCAUAUCAUAUCAGUCAAAAUGAAUGGAAAUACCUCAUUUAAGCAAUCAAAACAGAACGACAGCUCCUGGUUAAUGAAGAUCGAUGAAAUUUAAACCGCUAGGAAAACGAGAGGAAUUUUGCUGUGCAAAAGCUACCUCCACUUUUGGCCCAUUACCAUAGGGAAUUUCAGUUUUAUUCUUUUCACUUCUUUUUUUUUUUUUUAAUUGGCAAGGUAAUUCGUCUUAAAUUUCUAGACCAUUUUUUUUAUAUACAGCACUGUAGCCCUUCAUUUCUCCGUAACGCCCUCUUUUUACAACGUCUUGUUUUUUGAGCUAAUAUUUUUAUACGAGAGUAGAGUUAUACUGUAUUUUUGAAGGAAAUAUGCACUUGCGCACACUUUGUAUGGGGUGGGCCUGUUUUGUGUUUUAAUUUCAGAGCUCUCUUGCUCCAAAGACAUUCCACGUACUUUGAGUAGAUCUCAAGGCAGCCAGAUUCUGUAACCGAUGGGGGAAUUUCUACACGCGAACUGAUGCAUUUAAGCUACCCGAAACGACAGCAAGUGAUUCACGCUAGGCGGCGGUAUAGACUCCGAGCUCAAUGCAAAUGUCUUUUUAAUGUAAUCUUCUGUGAUGAGGGAUUUGUUCUUUUUUUUUUUUUUUGCCAAGCUUGUAAAGAAACACGAGGGUGCCAUUGCUGGUGCGGUGGUCAUAUGUCAUAUUCGCUCCUGUUGGCUUUGGAGAGACUGUGCCAACGUUGCAUCCCAUUGUGCCUAAAGCUCACUUUUGUAUGUAUAUGAUGUUACUGUCUUCUCAAACAGCUUUAAAACGAAGUUUCACACAUGUUGCCAGACUGCUGGAAGAAUUUAGAGCAAUAAAGGUGUUUAGUGGAUUUGUAUAUUUCUUUAGAGAAACGUAGACGCAGAAGCUAGGUUUUGUACAUUUCCUCACCAGAGCUUUUGUAAAUUUAAGACGCCAGACAGGUUGUAGGUUGUAUCAUAUAGAUGCUGUUCUCUUCAUUUUUGGACUUUAACUGUUACAGAUAAGUUUUGUUUGGUGUGGCAAAUAAAGAUUUAAGUUAUGACACGUGA